UGUUGAAACAAAGAGGUUGUUUUUACAUUAGCAAGUGAAGAAGACGAAAAACAAAAAGAGAUAGAUGAUGAUUGAAAAUUUGAAACAUAAAUUAAGAAUGUUUCAGUUGAUUUGAGUUGUAAUCAAAACUGCAAUAAGAACAUAGUAAAAUGGGUCUGAUGAAACUAGAUAGAUUUUGAAUCUAAACUCACUGGUUCAUUAUUGCAUUAUUAUUAUGACGGGUAGAACUGCAACAUCGAAUUGGUGGAGAAAUUUCAAAAAGGUAGCAUUUAUCUGGUUUAUCUCUGCCUUAUGCUUCUUCAUUUUGUUCCAAAUGGCCCUUCAUAACUCUUCAAACACCCUUUCAUCACCUUCUUCAGAUGCUUCAAAUUUAAGUUCAGAGAGAAGAUCCAAGUUAUAUGAUAAGAUGGCAAGGGAUCUUGAUGAACAUGGAGCUGCUUUUCUGAAACAUGGUGAAACCUCUCAGUCACUUUCUAUUUCAGAUAUCUUCACCUUGAAUGGUGGAUCCGUAACACCUGUAUUAAAGCCUGCAAAUCCUCCGGUGCGAGCUAAUGUGUUGUAUUUGAACACUGAAUUCUCGGUACCUAUUGCGGAGGCUGUCAAAAAUAUUUUCAAUCCAUACUUUGAUAAAGCAAUCUGGUUUCAGAACUCUAGCAUGUACCAUUUUAGCAUGUUCCAUGCCUCUCACCAUAUUGUACCUGUACCUGCCACUAAUGAAGAGAUAGAAGCUGAAGCAUCUUCAGUAGAAACUGUUGCUGCAAGGCUCUGCCCUUUGAAUAUCGUUUUGGAUCGAGUGGUUUUAACUUCAACUGGGGUGCUCCUUGGUUGCUGGCAGGUAUUCUCGGGUACAGAUCCCAUAACGAUUCGUGCUAGAUUGAAGAAUGUACUUCCUCGUGCACCCGAGAAGCAACUUUAUGAUACUGCAAUUCUUCACACUACAUUUGCUAGGCUUUUGGGUCCACCUAGAGCAUCGUCUACGGAACAUCUUACAACGUCAGGUGAACUCGAUUUUUUUCAUGAGUUAGUGAAUCAACUUAAUAGACAGAUCCGCGGAUUCAAGGCAGUGGUGUCCGAACUGUGGUACGUGGAGGAAUAUGACGUGCUUGCCCUUGCGUUAAAUGGAAAAAUGAACUGUCACAAAUUCAAACUUGGUUGCUCAUCAAGAGAUUGAAGCUUGGAUACAUGGAUAUCUUAUGUACUGUAUCAAAUUGCAACGGCGAUUUUUAUUGUCAUUCUGCAUGAAAACACUACUAAGCUCAUUCUAUAUAGGAACAUAUAUUAGCAUAGACAAUUCUUCUAAUUAUUUGGAUGAGGAUCAUUAGCUGAAAUACCUCCAGAAGAUAAUAGUAACUAAUUCCAAUACUAAUGCAAUAACUAUUCAAAGUGAACUUUUCUAAAAA